UCAUAUGGCCCAGUUAUCACGCCACCAGCAAAUCAGCAAAUAGCCUGCUUCACUCAUCAGCUCAGCGUCGUCUGCUCUGAAGGGUACGUGUUUACCGGCAUUAUUCAGUUCGCGAAAGGACACGUCUGGAUUAUAAGCAUUUCGGCUAGAGAAAGGUGGACAAAGAACUGAAUAAUUAUGGCACCAAAGACGCCAGUUGUGGAUGUGGCAUCACCAGAAGGGUUGGAAGAUGAGGUAGAACCAGUCAUCACUGAAGAAACACAGACUCAGAAACGCCCUCCUCGUGUCAUUGUUUGGCGCAAUGUCAUUCUGUUUAUGUUUCUUCAUCUAGGUGCUCUUUAUGGGAUUUAUGUUAUUCCCCAGGCGCAUCCACUUACAUGGCUGUGGACUUGUGUGAUGUAUGUAAUGUCAGGACUGGGCAUUACAGCUGGAGCUCACAGGCUAUGGUCACAUCGUUCCUACAAAGCCAAGCUUCCCAUGAGAAUGAUUUUGGCCAUUUUUAACUCUAUGGCUUUUCAGAAUGAUGUCUUUGAAUGGGCGAGAGACCACCGAGCUCACCACAAGUAUUCUGAGACGGAUGCUGAUCCACAUAAUGCAAAACGAGGAUUUUUCUUUGCCCACAUGGGGUGGCUGCUUCUUCGAAAGCAUCCUGACGUUAGAGAAAAAGGAAGAAGCCUUGAUCUUUCAGAUUUGUAUGCUGACCCCGUGGUCAUGUUUCAGCGGAAGUACUACAAGACGUCGGUGCUUUUGUGCUGCUUUAUAUUGCCUACAUUUGUACCUGUCUACUUCUGGGGAGAGAGCUUGUCCGUUGCAUUCUACCUGCCGGCUGUUCUGCGCUAUGCCCUUGUCCUGAAUGCAACCUGGCUCGUAAACAGUGCUGCACACAUGUGGGGGAAUAAGCCAUAUGAUAAGAAUAUCAAUCCAGCUCAGAACCUAAUGGUUGCAUUCAGCGCUGUGGGUGAAGGCUUCCACAACUAUCAUCAUGUCUUCCCACACGAUUAUUCUACCAGUGAGUAUGGAUGGCAUUUCAACAUCACAACAAUGUUUAUUGACUUUAUGUCAUUAUUUGGUCAGGCAUAUGAUCGUCGCCGUAUUCCCACCAAAGUUGUGGUACAGCGCAAAGCCCGCACAGGUGAUGGUACUAAUUAAAAUUUGUAUUUUCGGUCUGAUGCAUUGUGCAGGACUAAUCUGGAUGGGUAUUCUUUUUGGGUAUUUUAAAACAAUGUCCAAAGUAAGAGUUUGAAAAAUAUUUAAGAAGUGAUUAAAGAUUGUUUUGGUACAAGAUAAGUUUGUGAAUGAUGUGCAACAAUUCAGAAUCUUUCUAUUCUAUCUUAACAGCAUGCUUUAGAUUUAGUAUUUGUUUUGUUUCAUGUAAAAGUCAAUAGUGGACAACAACAGUGUUGCAAAGCUGUACUUAGCUUGUUUAAAGCUACAUUUUUUCACAUCCUUGCUUCUUGCAGGUGUAAUAAUUUAUUUCUAUUGCACAAACAUUUUGAUAUUAAAGGGUGGCCACUUUACAAAUGCAAAAUCUCUCAUUUAAAUCAUGAAAAAAUGGAACAAAAUGCCCAGAAAUUUAGAAGAGAACACUUAAAUGGUUCUACCAUUAAUACUCAAGCUCAUGGUAAGUAAAUUUGAGUAUUUUUAAAGACACGUGCAAUUUCAAUAAAAAUGAUGGCACUUACAUCUUUGUGGUAGGAACUUAAUUCAUUCAAAUCUUUGACACCUCCCAUCCCCUCUGGAUUUAUAAAUUGUUCAUUGUUUACCCAUGGAUUAUAAAUGUCUGCAUUCUGAGGACUAGUGGAUAUGUUUAGGACAUGUAUGAAAGAGCUUGCCCAUCGAUGAAUCGGUGAGUAGGGAAAGCUUUAGGCAUGUCUCCACAAAAAAAAAAAAAAGUAAAUUGAAACGCUGAACUACUUGAUCUUAAUCAAAUAUUGUUUUAAAAAAUUUGAAAUUGUAAAUGUCAUUAGCUGCUUCACCUCUUUCAACAAGCCUUGUAUAGUAUAGAAUUUAAUACACAAUUUAAAAAAGUGCUUUAGAUGGCUGCUUAUUGCAUAUUACAAAUGAUCAUUUAUAUAAGAGCAUUUUAUAAGCUAAGUUGUGGAAGAUUUACUCAACCAGAAAGUUUUUUUCAGUUCAUAUGAGUCUUGCAAGUGCAGGUUGUUUCAGUAGGCAUGAACUUUCAGAAAAUAACUCUUUAAUGUCCAUGUUUAGUGAUCAUUGUUAAGGCACAAAAUUUCCAUGAGCUAAUAUAAGCUCUGCAGUGCUUUGAGAGCUGUACAUCCACAUUAUGUCUCAACAUUUUUUUAAAUUCCAUCUUGUGGGAGCUGGUGAUGAGGCAAAAGGAACCAGUUUCAAGAUUAAUACCAGAGAUUAUCUUAAAGAUCAACUAUGAGUUUGUAGAUUAUGUUGAUGCUACUGUAGUGCAGUUGUAAAAGGGAAUGAAUGGUCUGUACUACAUCCUAUACCACCAUUUCAGUAUUAAGAAAUGUUCACCAAAACAAUUGAAUGCUGGUAUCAUAAAAAUUAAGUGGCGAAAUGCCAUUGUUUGGUCAAAUGACUGGCAUUGUAGAAUUAGAAAAAAUUUUUUGUAUAGUUAUUGUCGGGAUUAUAAUCCAGUUUGAAAGUGUGGAGGCAAAAAAAAAAAAACCAAAAUAUUUCUAAACCAAAAAAAGGUAGAUGAACAGUGGAUGCAUUGUUUUCAAGCCUUAAAUGAUUUGGUUAUGAAUGUGUAGUUAAUGUUUGCUAAACAGCACAUUAAUAUGCUAAGAGAUUGAUGAUACAUAUUCUUGAUUGUUUAUAUUAUUUUAUUCUCUUCUUGCCCAUUUAAAAAUAUAUGUGAAGAAUGAUUUGUGAAAUUGAGAUAAAAGAGGUUACAUAUAUAGUUUUUUUUAUUAUUAUUAAUUUAAAUAAAUUUUACCAUGAUCCAAGAAUAGAUACAUUGAAAAUUUGCAGUUUGUAAAAGUUUAUCUUAAGGGUGCUUUAUGGUCUAGACCUGAUCUUUGAAUCAGGUAUUUCUCAUUCUAAAUGUUUUAUUGUUUUAAAUUUAUCCCAUCCCUGUUGUGGAAGCACAUCUUUGUUGUCUUUUUUGACUCAUUCUAUUUAGAUAUUUUGAUAUUUGAUGCGUCUUUUCUGUUAUAUCAUUUGAAGAGACACGAGGAAGGUGUCUUUGAUUCAUUGCAGUUUGCUUUGUCCACUUGUGCCUCUUUCAACAGAGUGCAUGAUUGUCUUUAUGCACCCUAGGGAAAUAACUGCUCUUUGAUGUUGAUGGAAAGACAACUGGGGCAUGUUUUUGUCUUCUUAUGUUCAAACUCUUUUUGAAGCUAAAAAGACUUUUUUUUUCAAGACUGAUUUAUUCUCAUUGUAAAAUGUGUGUAUUGUUUCUUAUUUCGAGGCGUUUGAUAUUCAUUUUAAGGUAUUGAUUUAAAAUGACAGUUAAAGUAAUCAGCAUUUAAUUAUCAAGCAUAGGCCUUAGAACCUUAAGUUAAAUGUUGUAUUUUUAUUUAUUCAAAUAUAAGAGACAGGCAUUCCAUAGCUCCUUUCAGAUAUUUAAGCCUGCACCACAGGCAUGUCAUAAGUUAAAAAAAAAAAUACAACUGCCCAACAUUCCCAUGCCAUCGCCUGUCAUAUUAAUUGUAGUAGUAGAAAGAUUAUGUGAAGCUAAAUUGAGCUGUUUAACAGUUGGAUGUGAGUGAAGCUAUGUUCAGUGAAAGAUGCAUACCCACCUUAAAUUUGUAAACUGCUGUUAGCACAUUUAACACCUAGUGUUAUGUUGAUCUCCCUGCUUUAUUUGCUGUUUACUGUUGCAAGAUAGAAUAACAGUUGUUGGUAGCUGCUUAUCAGAAAUAAAAUUGUGGGCUUUUUUAAGCAUACAUAUACAGGUAGGACCACCAACCUUUUUUUUACAAAUUAACUUGAACCUGUUUUAUAGCCAUGUCUUAUGCAGCUUGUGUGUACUAUGUGACAGUUGAACAUGCUUUAAAAAGCUGAAUUUUGGUAGUUGGAAAGAAACAUAUCACAGUUAAUAAAGUGUUUGCAACACAGUUGCCUCUCAAAUUGAAAGUACAUUGUCUGAAGAGUUCUUUAUUCAAUAUCUUAAGUCUUGUUACAUUUAUCAAGCAUAGAGGAGAGAUUGUGAUUAUUCUUAAUUAUGAAAUUUGACGCUUCUCGAAGAUGCUAUGACAGCUACCUUUUUUUUUCUUUUCCUUUUGAAUGCUGGUUUUCCCAAGCUGUUUUUUCAGCUAGUUUCGCACACUGCUGGGUGAUACACUCGAAUUCUGAGUUUGGCUACUGAAAUUCAACGAUGACUCGGAUUGUACUGACAUGUCAAACAGCAAAACUAAAACCACAGGAAUAAAGGACUGUUGAUACACUCCCAUUUUGGCCAUCUUCCCAAAACCCUGCAAGGUUCCUCUGAGUGGUAUGGUAAAGAAAAACUGGUUGUCUGUGAGACUAGAAAAGAUUACUGUAAAAAGCUUUACUCUGUGAAAUUUGCCAAUGCACCCACUUCCAGAGUUCCAAUUUCUUGAUUUUGGGGGAAACAAUAUCUGUAAAGUUUUGAAAAUCUAUACAAUUCUAUUGCCUUUGGAGAGAAGGGUUUGGAGACCUUUUAUAUGUAAACUAAAUUGCUCUCAAGAACAUUGCAUUUUGUAUAACUGCAUACAAACAGUAUGUGAACAGUUGCAUGUAGAUCAAUUAAAAAAUUUCUUUAAUUAUUUUGCGUUUUUCGAACAAUAAAGGUCUUUGACAUGUU